AUUUAUUAUCGCCAUUUUUGUGAUGGCGGCCGAUAUUUAUAGAUUGUGAAGUGUUGUUAUUAAAUAAUAAAUGUAUUAAAAUGGAAGAAACAAAAGUUAUAUACUACAUAGACGAUGAGGAGACCCCAUAUUUAGUGAAAAUACCAAUAUCUCCUGAAAAAGUGACUUUAUUGGACUUCAAAAAUCAGUUGAAUCGGCCAAACUAUAAAUUUUUCUUCAAAUCAAUGGACGAUGAUUUUGGUGUAGUGAAAGAAGAGAUAGUGGACGAUAACGCACAUCUGCCGUGCUUCAAUGGUCGCGUGGUGUCAUGGCUCGUGUCUGCCGAGGGUUCAAACCCAUCGGACGGGGCAUCACAGUGCACUGACAGCAACGCAGGGAAAGGCAAGCAAAACAACCAUGGAGCUCCGACAGCACCGCUUACAAGGGAUACCUGUACCGAUACAGACAGUACCAUCAGUUCUAGACCUGGGCACAGAGCCUCCUGCGACAAAUACAAGUACAGAGGCCUGAGAAUCAAUGGACAUUCGAAAUACGCGAACCACGGCUUGGAAUAUGAGACUGCAUCUGUUUUAAGUUCAGAUUUGGACUCCACCAGCUUGUUUGAUAGUCAAUCUGAGAUAACGACGACUACAGGGAGGCAUACGAACGCAUCAGUCGACCGUGCACUAACUGAAUGUAGCAGUGUUUCUCAUUUGCAAGUUAGUUCUCGAAAGAGGCCACAAAGACGGAGGAAAAGACCUCAAGUGAUGUCAAGAACCUCCUCCUACUCAUCAAUAACAGAUUCUACAAUGUCUAUGCAUAUUAUAACUGUGACUUUGAACAUGGAUACAGUGAAUUUCUUAGGAAUUUCCAUAGUGGGGCAGUCAAACAAGGGAGGCGAUGGUGGGAUCUACGUAGGAAGUAUUAUGAAGGGUGGUGCUGUUGCUUUGGAUGGACGGAUAGAGCCUGGUGAUAUGAUACUGCAGGUGAACGAUGUCAACUUCGAAGACAUGACGAACGACGAGGCUGUGCGGGUGCUGCGCGAGGUGGUGCAGAAGCCAGGGCCCAUCAAGCUGGUGGUAGCCAAGUGCUGGGACCCCAACCCCAAGGGGUACUUUACUAUACCCCGGACUGAACCUGUGAGGCCCAUCGACCCAGGUGCGUGGGUGGCGCACACGGCGGCGCUGCGCGAGGCGUACCCGCCGCCGCCGCCGUCGCUGUCGGCGCUGCCGGGCGCCGGCGCCGCCUCCGACGCCGGCGCCGGCGACGCGCCGCUCUCCGUCAACAUGGACAUGGCGCUCGUCGUCAGGGCCAUGCUGAGGCCCGACUCCGGUCUGGAGAUCCGCGACAGGAUGUGGCUCAAGAUCACGAUACCGAACGCGUUUAUCGGCGCUGACGUGGUGGACUGGGUCCUGCAGCACGUGAGCGGAGUCGCUGACAGGCGAGACGCCAGGAAGUACGCCGCGCACAUGCUCAAGGCCGGCUUCAUCCGCCACACGGUGAACAAGAUAACGUUCUCCGAACAAUGCUAUUAUGUGGCCGGCGAACUCUGCGCAGAAAUGGCGGCGCUGAGGCUGCGAUCGGACACCGAUAGUGUUGUCAGCGACGCCCUAGCGCCACUACCUAACCCCAACAUGAUGGGCGGGGCCUACAUGCCGUACGCUGGUUCGUACGGCUACCAACCAAUACCGUUCAAGUAUGCAUCGUGCGUCGCCAGCGAACACACAGUAUACGGGUACAAUCGAGAAGAAAGUGUUCUCUCCGGCAGCGGAGGCUCCAGCGCCGGUUCUGACCACCUCACGGCUAAAGAACAACACGCAGGCGUACGGGAAGGGGAGGUGAAGUCGGGGUCCAGCGGGUCGGGGGGCGGGGAGCGGCGGUCGCACUCGAGCGGCAGUUCGCGCGGGGACAGGCCCGUGCUGUUCCUGUAGUCACGUCUCCGACACGACUGUGAGCAGGACAGAAGUGUGAAUGUAUAUCCGUGACUCGUGCAUACUGCCAAAUACAUACAUAUAUAGGUAAAUAAUUAAUGUACACAUUAGCUUUAAGACUUGGUAUAUAAUGUCGUUAUAAAUUGACUAGCGCGAUUGGUUUGGAGUCAAAAUUAGUAUUUCCUUUUCUUUACGAAACUCGCGACUUUUGAUAUCGUGAAUUGAAUACUUUUUAUUAUUAAGUGCAAGUGAAAAUGUACUUAAAAUGUAUGUAGUUGUGUUUGCAAAUUCCAUGAAAAUAUAAAAAUAAAUUAAAAUGACAAUGACUCCAGUACUUUCCGAUCGUUCAAAAUCGAUAAGACAACAUGAACCUUUUGGUAUUACGAAUAAGUGUCAUUUUUCAUUAAAACUACAAGUUAUAAUACGCGAUUGUUAAUACAUCAAUACACGCUUACGAUUUUAAAAAACGCCUGGCAUAUAUGAUCAUGACACGCUAUGUGUAAAAAAAGUUAUAACUUUUUGAUUUGUUCAUAUUUUUGUAUGUGACAAAAUUUCUUUUCGAUUGUAAAGUUUGACAUUAAAAUUGGAUGUAAACCGCUUAAAAUCCUAACUAAUAUUAUAAAUGCGAAAAUAAGUUUGUUUGUUACCUCUUCACGCUCUAUCUACUCAACUAAUCUUCUUGAAAUUUUGUAGUUUGAAGUAGGGAGAAGGACAGGAUACCUUUCAUCCCGGUCAAAAUAACUUUUUCCGUUGAAAAAUUACUGGUGCGAAGCCGCAAGCAACGGUUAGUUUAUAAUAUUACAGUUAAUUUCAUCUCAAUCGAAUUUAAUUACAUCCAUUUUAAAUCGACAUUUCCUGGAACGACCUGGAACGUAACUAUCCAUAUAAAUGCCCGGAAAAUCUUCGUUUGCGAUUACGUUACCAUUAUAAGUGUAUUUGGUGUGAUAACAAUCUUGUAUAUUAAACAUAAAUAGCGCGUGGAACUUUACAGGACUUGUAUAUAAUAUCUUAAGUAAAUAUUACAUGAAAUAUCGCUUCCUUAUUAACCUAUUGUGGUUAUAAUAUGACGAUCGACUUAAAUAUAUGUUUCAUUAGGCGUAAUUCCCAUUAAUUUUUUUUAUUUAUUUUCGACGGAAAAGUUUGUUUUAUGUGCCAUUUUUAUAUAUUUUUUAUUUAAUUUAUUGUAAUCGUGUACAUUGGUUCAUCUAAAUUCCUACAAACAAUGAGGAAUUAUAUAGUUUGUAACAAAAUAAAUUAUCGUAAGUAAGAGCAUAAAACUGCAGACGAAUUGGUAUAAAAAAAUAAGUGAUACUUUUAAAAGCCGUGUUUCUCAUUAUACAAUCAACACGUCAACAUUCAACAAAACCGUCUCCACAUUGUUUUACUACACAUUUUUGCAUGGUCGAAACAUUUUAAAAAUUGAACAUAUAAAAAAGUUGGUCAUUUUGGUAGCAAUAGGUAUUAUGUGCCUGAUCGCUUCGCAGACACUUUUACACGUUUUAAAUUAUGUUAAGUUUCUCAAAAAGCUACAAACAACUGCCUAGUUUGCAUCAACAAUGCCUUCAUAUGGACAUCAUCCGAAAUAAAUAUUUUGAAUUGAUGCUAACGGCAAUGUCCAGAAAGCGGAGAAAUAAAACGCAGUCGCUGUCUCCUGUCGUCUGGCAACACUGGGUGUUUAUCAACCAAUCUUGACCGUUAUAUUUGGUAUUGCAAUGGCAAAAAAAAUUAAUUUGUUUGUCAAAAAUCCGUUUUCUUCGCUUUCAGGAACUACUUUAAAAAUAAAAAAAAAAAACUACACGUGAUUAACGGACGGCCCCUUACUGUCAUAACAACCCCCAUUUUCUUAAAUAAAGAAACAAAGUUAUUUUUUUUAAACAUGUUUCAGUACAAUGUGUAUGUGUUUUUGUUGAAUGUUUCGGCUGUUAACUCCGAACUUACUAAAUGUAAUCUAACUUAUCGAACGAAACACAUGGACUGUCGGCCGCACAUCAUUAACCUUUAUGAGGCGGCAAUUUCCCAUGAAUUUGGACCUCUUGAUGUACGUUCGACUGUACACUGAAGGCCUACCACGAAACAUGCAAACACGUAGCACGUUGCUAACGUCCACAUGAUGUCAGUCUUUCUCAUACCGCGUACGCAUCGUGUAAUUAAAAGAGAUAGCGUGUGUGAGUGGUUAGUCAGAGAGUUUCGACCGCUGCGGCCGCGCUCAAAUUCAAAAUUCUUUUUUCAAUUUAGGAUGAUAUACAUCACUUAUUGACGUCAAAAAAUUACUUAAACUAGGUCUACUGCCGGCUUCCAAAGCGCAGGUGAAGAAGAAGCGGCGCAACAAACUUCACCUCAGCCUUUUCUCUAAUCAUGCGCUCACGCACGAUCCGUCAAUUUUCUUAAGGAAGGAAUCAUUCCAAAGUCAAUCGUUGAUAAAAUUGUCAUUAAGUACCUCAGAACCAUCUCAGAACAUAUUAUUUUAAAGUCAUAAAACGAAUUCUUGUCUUCGUUAAAAUUUUAAAAAUUGUAAUGACAGCGCGUCCGCAGUUGUCGAAACGCUCUGGGAAACUCUCGUGUACGCAAUGACGUAUUUUAUGUUUCAUAGUAGCACCCCUUGUUUAUUCUAUAAGUAGUUGAGACGUUGAAUGUGGAUUUAUAUAAUUUUUAGUACAACAGACUCAACAUAUUUAAACAAUUGCCCAUCAAGUAUCACUUUGUAAUCUGACAGAUAACCUAAUAUAUAAAACUGACACUUGUGAAACGCAAGUUUUAACGCUAUCUGUUCGAUAUGUUACAUGUAGACUAUCAGAUACUUUAUCAGCAAGCGGUGAAACAGGCUCAAAAAAUUAAUGACGUCACUGUGCUAAAUUUUAUAUUUUUGUUCCAAUUAUGUGUCGUAAAAAUCGAAUGAUUCGCGUGAUUUAUUAUUAGAUGCGGUGUAAGAAAAUGAGAUUAUGGUACAGCCGAACGCAUAUCGAGUCACAUUGCAUUGAUCCUUAUUGCCACGGUAAUAAGGGCGUAUUUGUAGUGAAUUUGGUAAGCUUGAUGCGGUGUCGACUGUGCGCAUUUAAAUUUAUUUUAUCAUAAGUAUAUUUUUUACCGCUCGUGACGUUGUAUGGAAAGUUUAAAAUUAUAAGCGUAAUUUUUUUCAUGAAAUGCUAAUGGUAUAGAAGUAGUUUUGUGUUUUGUUGUUAAUUUUAUAAUAUCACUAGAGCCCGUCCCGGUCCCCCUUCCAAAACUCACGAGGUUAUCGCAAGGCCCAUGUUUCGAAUAGCAGAAGCAGAAGAGGAUUAGGAUAUCUUCAGCGUUCACUCGGCACCGCCCGGCGGCACCAGGACGCUUCUCUCAAUAGGCCCUUCAGGCACCUUGAGCAAUAUACCGCUCUGGCCAUUUUUCGAGUAACGUCCAAAGCCGAGGUUCAAUAAAUAUAAAUAUAUACGGACAAAUCACACAGAUUGAGCUAGCCCCAAAAUAAGUUCGAGACUUAUGUUAUGGGCUACUAACUCAACGAUACUAUAUAUAGACAUCUAAGACCUGGGCCAAUCAGAAAAAGAUCAUUUUCCAUCAUGACCCGACCCGGAUCGAACCCGGCACCUGUCGGUUCAGAUGUCUUUGGGCGACUUGAAUAAAUUCUGACGCCAGUGUUAGCGAUAACACACUCGAUAUGAUGAUGAUAAAUGAAAUUUCUCUUGUAAAACUUAAGUGAAAUUUUUGUCGUAAUCAACAUCACAAAAUUUGUUUUUAUACCACUAGUUUCGAAAUUGAAAAAGCCAAGAAAUUUGAUUGAUAUAGUUGUGUCUUAGAUUCGAUAUUCAUAAAUACAAAAUGGGUGCUACCAUGAAACAUAAAACACGUAGCACGUAAUUGCGUCCACACGUUCUCUCUUUUACACGAUGCGUACACGAUAUUGGAAAAAGAGACAGCAUAUGGCAACGUGUUACGUGUUUAUAUGUUUCGUGGUAGGCCUUCUGUCGAUAAAGAGUAGAAGACAAAUGACUGCGCAGUCUCCUGUCGUCCGGCAACACUGCGUGUUUAUCAACCAAUCUUGACCGUUAUAUUUGGAGUUGCAAUGACAAUUUUUUUUUUAAACCUCCGUUUUCUACUCUUUAUAGACAAACUGUAAAUUAUUCUUCCGGGUGAACCGAGAAUCGGAUAAAAAUCGAGUUGGACUAUGAUCCGAUUAAUCGGAUAAAAAUCGAGUCGUGUUAUGUCGUGUUAUUUAUUUCAGACUGCAAGACUAAUUUAUUACGUAUAUUCGGAAUAUUACUACUAGAUCGUAAGAUUGUGUACUGUGGUCAGAUUAUACAUAAAUACAAAGUAGACAAAAUACGUAAAUUCUUAUUAUCGUAAUGGUUACCCCCAUUAACCUUACCUUCUUGGCAUGACCUUUAUAUAUCCUAGACUAGAUGUUGCCCGGGGCUUUGCUCCCGUGGGAAUAUUGAGAUAAAAUAUAGCCUAUAGCAAUCUUGGAUAAUGUAACCUUCUAAUGGUGAAAGAAUUUUUGAAAUCCGUUCGGUAGUUUCGGAGAUUACCCGCCUCAAACAUGCAAACUCACAAAUGCUUGCCCCUUUAUAAUAAUAGUAUAGAUAUAUGUGGCCGUCCACAUCAAAAGGGACCUUACGGCGGCUGGCACUUAGGUCUUUGUUGACGUUGUUAAAAUGAAUCUUACUAUAGUAAGAGCGGGUAUAAUAGAGCGGGUUUUUAUUUGUGCUUCUUUUACUAUUAAAUAUAUCCGUCAGGUUAUUCGUAUCCGUAUAUGUUAUACAUAAAUUAUAUUAAAAAAGAUUAGGUUUUGUCACUAUCGCAUUGGCAUUUACAUUGACAGAAGGAGACAAAACAUACUUUAGCUUACAGUAUGCUUCAUCUUUUUUAUAAAUAAUAGAGCGUCGCAUUUUUCCCCAUAAUUUCUUUAGUAUACCGGUUUUGGCAUAAAAUAUUUUGUCAUUUAUUAAUUAUUAUUUAUUAAGGCCAAAAAUCAAUUAUUCAUU